UAAGAAAAGUGCAACUGCGGCUAGCUUGACUGUGACUUCGAAUGUGAGGGCUCACUUGACCACAGUCUUGCAACAGGCUGCUGCUGAAAGCGUUCAGUAGUGUAUGUGAGAGAUACAGUUUCAGUAGUGUGUGUGAGAGUGUUUCAGUGGAGUGUGUGAGAACAUUUCAGUAAUACCUCAUAUAAGCAAGUUUUUCCACUUCUGUUGCCGUGCCUGAGCAGUUUCUGUUUGUUUAGCACAAACACAAAUGUUUAUUUUGAAAACCACAACCCUGCUGGUGUCCAUAAAAAGACUCAACUGGCUAACAGUCAGUUUUGCUUGGUGUGAGACGGAGUGAUGAGUGCACUCUGGGCAGCCUCUUAGCUUCUGCAGCAGCAGAUGUGGGAUAGGUGGCUUGUUAAAACAAGUCAGAACAUAUGAAAAGCCUCUGUGGUGGAGGGAUGGAGUGGCUUUUUCAGGGGACAGUAGCAGGUAAGCCUGGCAGGCACAGCUUACAUCCAUCACCCUAACCACACCUUCCUGAUUUCAGUAGCUGCUCUAAGAGAGAGAGUUGGCAGACAGAGCUGUGUGUGCUGUGGAGCUGAACUGGAGUGCAGCUGGAAAGCUGCUAAAGCAAACUGGUUGAAACACAUUAUAAAUAAACGAGCAUUCAUCUGGAAACAUAGCGUGCGAGGUCCUUCCCCUCACAGUCUCCUGUUUACUUACAUUUUGAUACCAGCUCACCUUCUAGCCCUGAUUCCUUCUGAGUCUAAAUAAGUAAAUAUUUUGAAUACCAAAUGUUAAAUUUGAGAUUCUGUUAACUCAAGGAAUUAAAACAAGUUUACCCAGAAUGCACUUGUUAAAGUUUUCUCCACUGAAUUGUCAGAAAACAGAUCAAACAUCGAGGGUACCAAUGUUCACUUCUGUUCCUCUGUGUUAUAGAAAUCAUACUGGUGCAGUUCUCAACAAGAAUAACAUUUUGGUUUUAGACUGUGACACUUAGAGUGGGUUGCAGAUUUUAACAGAGCCUAAAUGUCUUUUUUAGCCCUGAAACUGUCAUGAGGAUCUCUGUACCUACAAAUGAAUAACAGCCUAAAAAUAGGCUAAAAAUGUUAUCUUUGAGCCUUUGAAUGAUACUCAGUACUGUCAGGAGCUUGGGCCUUAAAGAUUAAGCCUCUGGGGAGCUCUUGAGCAGACAUAAUUCAGUAAACAGUCCACAAGUUUACUGGCCCAGGUGUUACUGGUGUUGAAGGUGUUGGCACAGAGGUCCAAAAGGGUCAAAGCUGAAGGAGGAAAGGUGAAUUUGCAGGCUGGUUCAGAAGCAAAACAAAUAGGCUUAGUGAAAGGACACAAGUACUAAUGAGCCUGAACAAAACUAUGAUGGCACUGCCAAAGAAAUCUGGCAAAGAGCAGGUGGAAGAGCCUGCACUUAAAUGCUGAGGGUGAGUGAUGAGUAGGGAUAAACUGUAGGAUUAUCUGCAGUCGGUUUAACCACGUGUGGGCUGGAUGUUGACCACGUGUGGGUUUUAAAUUCUUUGAAGCAUUUAUCGGCUCUAAAGUUAAAAAAGAUUUUUGUGGGGUUAGGGACAAUACAGGUGACUCUUUUAGAAACAAAAACGUUUAAUCAAAAAUGGAAAUGAGCUUCCUCUGAAGGGCGCCUGUGCUUAGCUUUAGAAAUUGGUCGAAAAGCUCAGUUAUUCAGAAGGAGCUCAGAGUAGAGCCUCUACUCCUCCACCUCAAAAGGAGCCAAUCGAGGUAUUAUGAGUAUCUGACUAGGAUAUCUCCUGGGUGAGGUAUUCCAGGCAUGUCCGAAAAUGGGAAGAGGGCCUGAGGAAGACUUUGGACAUGCUGGAGAGAUUUUUACCUUGGGAACACCUUGGUGUCCUGCUGGAGGAGGUGGCCGAGGGGUGGGAGGUCUGGGUGUCCCUGCUGCUCUAUGUCCUGGGGUGGCAGUGACUGGAUGGAUGGAGUUUCAUCAGCACCUUUUGCCAUUUUCUUCACAUUAAGAAAACUGUGCUAUAUAAGACUCCAUGAUUUCUGUUCAUGUUUACAAAGAGUCCACGGAGAGUCAAUCUGCUCACCCAGCAAGGAUUCGGCCCCACCACUCUAUGCACUUUUUUAAAAGUACCAUUACUAAUCAUUUAAAAACAAUCAUUUCAACAAUAUAUAAUAAUAAGAGGAUCCAAGAUGCUUUUUAUGUAUCUAAGCUGUUUUGUUUGUGCCUUGCUUACAGACAGAUGAGAGAGAUAAAGUUUAUCUGGUAGCAACCUAUGAAUCAAUCUGUGUUAUCCCUUAAUAACACUUGUGCACACACCUGUCUGUUUACCUGAUAACUCCAUGGUAACCUUAACUAUAGUUAACAAUAUUUACUCUCAUAAGCCGGUGAUUCCUCAUUCUGAAGUUUCAACACUGCUCCUGAUUGUGUUUGAGUGCAGAUCUACUCAUAACCAAUUAUAAAGUAUUGUGAGAUGACUCAGCGUGUCCAUGUGCAACCAUGGGUGUGUUAUGUUUAGUUACCAUCAUAAACUGUGUGAUGAAGCUGUGGUCAUUUAGAGUUUCAGCGUUAAAAACAGAUCGGGGUAUGUUUGUGUGAACACUCACGGUGUUUCCACCUGCACCUGUUUGUUAUCAGCUGACAGCAAUCCAAAAUCACGCCUGCGAAAGCUGGUGUGUAGUCUGUUACAAACACUUAAAAACUCCUCAGGUAUUUUUUUUUACUGUGUUUCCUCGAUGCUUUCAGUGAAAAGUGGAAGUAGCUUUAGCCCAGACAGACCUGUUUUCAGUUCAGGCUAAAAUGUUUCAAAACCUCUGAGCUAUUGUUCUUCCAGAUAUCACAGAAAAAAAGCAGACUGCAAGACUCCUUUAAUAGUCUGAAAUUUGUCAGUAAACCUUAAACUUCUUUGAUGUGCUUGAAAAAUAGACUCAAAUAUUGAUUUUAGAAGACAUAAUGACUCUUUCAUUGAGAGUCAUGCUGCUGUAAAAUGAGAACAGGCUGGUUUAGGUUUUUCUUGCUGAAAUAAGCAUUCUCCAAAAAAGCCUUUAUCUAAGUGGCAGUGUAUAGUCAAGCAUUAAUGGGGCCUUAAAGUCUUACUUUCAGGAAAUACUUGCUUUGAACUGUGUGCUGAUAGCAAGCUGGGUGGUCUCCUCUUACCUGGAGGACACAGCAUCCAUGAUUUCCAAACACAGUGUGAGAUUCUGAUUGGUCAGACCACAGGACAGUUUUCCACUUGGGACUUGGCAGAGUGCUCAUUGGUGCACUCUGUUUUUUUCUUUACAAGGAAGAGUCUGAGCUUCAUGAUCCAGUGAUGAGCCAUGUCCAUGUUGGAGGUGUUCAUAGGUGUUCCUGAACACCACCAACAUCAAAGCUCUGCAGCCUGAUCCCCGUGUGCACAGAUCCUCUGAAGCUUUUCAUCCCAUUAUGAACCACAGAUGGUGGAAUCCACUAAUUCUUAAUGUUCUCACACAGUCUUUCACUAAACUUGGAUCCCCUCGCAUUGAGAUUUACAAAGACAGCAGAAAACUAAAUUUAAAAAUAACAUAAACAAAAAUUUUGAAAAACACUUAAAAAAUACAAGCUGCAGACUUUUGACAAAGUAAAGACUUUAUGGAAAGACAAGUUUUCCUAAAAAAUCUUUUUUUGCUUCAGGUGUUUUUUGUUCUGAUGCCAUCACCUGGUCUGGGUGUUGGUUGCAGCAACCAGAUAAAGGGCUUUAACUGCAGUUCUCUGACUGAGCAAAGUAAGAGCAACCUUUAACCUGAGUGUUGAUUUUAAAGAUUCAGUGAUUUUAAUAUGGUAUUGACCUGAUUUUUAAUACACAAGUAGGGCUGGGUAAUGAAGGUCAUGAUAAAAAUGUUUGUAUGAGGGUCCUCAUCCCUGAAUAACACUUUUGUUUAUGACCAUAAUGUCUGAAUUUUUGACUGUUUACAAUUAUGAAACAGCACAAAACAGUCCAGCACAGCUUUCCAGUCUUGUUGCUGCCAUCCUGUGUAUCAGAACUAUUACUACCAGACCAGAUGGAAAUAACACUACCAGGCCCGACAGAGGUCACACUGCCAGGCCCAACAGAGGUCACACUGCCAGGCCCGACAGAGGUUACAUUGCCAGGACCAACGGAGAUAACGUUGCCAGGCCCGACAGAGAUCACAUUGACAAACCCAAUGGAUGUCACACUGCAAGGCCCUGCACUCCCUACACCUAGGACAGUCAACAUCAGUCCUCAGCCUGUUGUUCUGCUUGGAAUGGUUGAUGCUAGGCCCUCUCCCAAGAUUGAUCUGCCCGGGGCCUCCCCAGAGUCCUCUCAGCUAGUGGAUGCUUCUGUCCCUGCUCAGCUUGGUGCCUUAUUUAUACCCGUCCUGCCUGGUGACAGUCCCCAGUUCUCUGGGGUCCUGCAGUCGGCACCCUCGGUAUCUGAAUCUGACCUGGCUUCCCAUGAGACUGUUUUGCCUGUACCCAAGCUGGCCUCAUUUGAGACUACGUACCUCGUACCAGAAAUGGCUAACUCUGAGCCAAUAUAUCCUGUGCAGUCUGAACUGGCUGACGUUGUUAAUCCUGUGCCCGAGUCAGCUGAAUGUCCUGGGUUGUUUGAACCCAACCGUAUUGUGCUGUCGGACACAGAUGCACCUGAGGCUGAGCAUCUUCUGCUGCUGCCAGAUCCUGAGCCAGAGUCUGCUGAGCUGUCUGAGUUGGCCAUUCUUGGGCGCAUGUAUCCUGAGCCCAAGCUGACUGUUCCUGAGCUUAUACUUCCUGUGCCAGCUAAACCGAUGACUGUGUUACGUACCUGGCCUCAAGACGGGGUCCGUCUCCACUGCUGGACAUUUCCUACGCUGCUAGAAGGCCUCCAUGUCUGCUGCCAGCUUCCAGCCCGGCUUCCUGCCCGCCCACCCGAGGAGCUCCGUGUCUGUUCCCGGCUUCCUGCUUCCGAGCGUCUCCGUCUCCAUUGCUGGUCAUCUACACUGCUUCGCUGUCGCCCGGGUCCUGCUAUGGUUCCAAAUGCAUCUUAUGUGCUUGGUUUUUUGUUACUUAAUUUUUUUGGACUUUGUAACCCCGGACUUUUGAACGCGCCACAUUAAAUCAUACUGACCUCAUUAAACUAACAGCUGUUGUGGAACUGAACACCUGCCUACUGGAUGGGAUAAAGAAAGUGUAAAUGAAAUAAAAUAUUUGGAGGAAUACAAUAAAGUGUUUCUCAUCUUA